AUGGCCGUGCACAUCCUUGUCGUCGGGGCUGGCGCCGUUGGCGGCUUUUAUGCAAGCCGCUUUGAUGCGGAGAGCGCGCAUGUAUCGCUCGUGUGCCGCUCAAACUAUGACGCGGUGCGUGAAGGCGGCCUGCAGCUGCGCACGCACUCGUUUGGCGAUUACACGUUCCGGCCGCGCGAGGUGUACGCGUCGAUCGAUGCGGCUGGCGGCGCACCACAUGCAUGGGACUAUGUCGUCGUUGCGACCAAGGCGCUGUCGACGGACGGUGGCGCUGCCGAGUUUGUCCGGCCGGUCGUGCGUGACAGCACUGCGCUGGUGCUCGUGCAGAACGGCGUCGACGUUGAGCGGCCGUUCCGCGCCGCUUUCCCGCACACGCCGAUUAUCAGCGCAGUGACGGUCAUUAGCGCUGCGCUCGAGGGGCCCGCGACCGUCACGCAGUUCCGCUGGACGCGCAUUAGUUUCGGGCCGUACGUCGAGGACCUGCGGGGGGGCGCCGAGACCGACGCUGCUCGCACGCUCCUGGCGCGCGGCGAGGAGGGCGCACGUACCAUGGCCGAGCUGCUGACGCGGGGCGGCAUCAAGGACGCCGAGGUGUACGAUGCUCUGCACCUGCAGAUGGUGCGCUGGCACAAGCUGUGCAUCAAUGCAUCGAUGAACGUCUCGGGCGUCCUCGCAGGCGGCCGCGGCAACGCGGAUAUGGUGCGUGAUCCCGUUCUGCGUGCGCACAUCGAGGCGUGCAUGCACGAGGUGCUCGAGGCGGCGCCGCGCGUGUUCGGCCGCGCACUUCCGGACAAGCUGGCGACGCCCGAGGCCAUUUUGCGCAGCACGGAGCGCAACACCGGCAGCCUAUCGAGCAUGGUGCAGGACUGGCUCGCGGGCCGCCCCCUCGAGCUCGAGGCGAUCCUGGGAAAUGCCGUCCGUCUCGGCGAGGCGCAUGACGCGCCGAUGCCGCGGCUACAUGCGAUGUAUGCGCUUCUUCAGAGUGCACAGGCGCAGCGCGCCAGGGAGCAUUAG